AUGAACAACAGCAUGCAAGUAGAGCUCCCAGACCUCUCCACCUGGAGAGAAAAAGCAGAUUCAGGCUCAAUACUUCUGCAGCCAAUAUGGGACUUUGUCACCUCUAAAGAACAUGUGAUUAGAUCGCCUUUCUAUCCAGUUAUCUUCGCCUUCUCUGUCUACAUGUUCUUCUGCCUUCCUUACCUAGCACUGGAUGCCCUCUGUCACAAAAUACCUGCUCUGAAGAAAUAUCAAGUACAGCCAAAGUCCAGACCUACCUUGGCUAUGGUGCUACACUGCUUGGCACACACCGUUUACAGCCACUUGGUAUUCAUAUUUCCACUGACUGUUGCUUACUGGUACUGGAGACCAGUCGAUUUACCACUUGUGGCACCAAAACUGCAUCGAUUUAUACUGGACAUCAUUGCCUGUCUGCUUCUGUUUGACUUUCAGUAUUUUGCAUGGCACCUGCUGCACCACAAGAUUCCCUGGCUGUAUAAAAACUUUCACAAGAUGCAUCACAAGUACACCUCUACCUUUGUGCUGGCGACACAGUAUUCCAGCGCCUGGGAGAUGUUGUCUCUUGGAUUCUUUGCUAACGUCAGUCCCAUCUUGCUGGGUUGUCACCCAAUGACUGAAAUGGCCGUCUUCAUCGUCCAUAUCUACCUGUCGGUGGAAGAUCAUUGUGGCUAUGACUUGCCAUGGUCUAUGCACAACUUAGUACCAUUCGGGUUAUGUGGCGGACCAAAUCAUCACGAUCUCCAUCAUGAAAAGUUUGUGUCUAAUUAUGCACCUUACUUCACUCAUUGGGACAAGUUGUUUAAUACUAUAGCACAGAAGAAAGAUCAGAAGAAACCUUAAGAACCAAGCAAUGGACUGAAGUAAUGGUCAGAACUUGACCUUGAUUUGCAUUUCAGGACCAAGUUGGUAGAUGCACCAUGUGCUACAUCUGUGACUGUGUCUUCAAGGUUGAGUGGUCAGUAAGUGGUACUGAAACAGUGCCUUGUACAGUCUACCUGCUCGUUGUCCAUCAAGGCUGAAUGGUCCAAACCUGUACCUUGCACCAUCUACCUGCUCCUUGUCCAUCAAGGCUGAAUGGUCCGAACCUGUACCUUGCACCAUCUACCUGCUCCUUGUCCAUCAAGGCUGAACGGUCCAAACCUGUACCUUGCACCAUCUACCUGCUCCUUGUCCAUCAAGGCUGAAUGGUCCAAACCUGUACCUUGCACCAUCUACCUGCUCCUUGUCCAUCAAGGAUGCAUGGUCACUAAAUGAUAACUGGACAUUGAACUUCAACAUUGACUAACUAUGGACAUGCAUUUACCUGCACAAUGCAGCAAAGUACUGUGCCCUUAGGGGGAAAAUGAACUUUAUGUCGUACCCCUGAGUAUUUAUUUAUUUAUAGUACAUUAAUGUGACAAUAAUUGUGUCCGAUGCCGUUUAGUGCAUACAUUCAUUUCAGAAGGAUAAUUUAUUUAUUAUAAAUAUGUGGAAAUAUUCAAUUUCAGACAUCAUUAUGUGAAUAAUUGUGAUGUAAAGACUAGAGUGAUGAUACUAAGUGUGUAAAGCUAUUGGUUUACCAUGACCAUAGAACAAAUGGUAAAGAAUGUGCUUACAGAGGGGUAAAGUAAGUGUUAAUAGACAGUUUGUGCAUGUGUCAUUUGGAUUGACAGUAUUAUAAGUGCAGAUGUAGCAGAGCUGAAUUUGAUCCUUUUUUUUUUUUUUCUUGCACAGUGACCAAAAACACAUGUCACACAAAUGUCAAACUCAUCUUUGCUACAUUGCUAUAUACUGAAAGCUGAAGAAGAGGUAUAUUUAUUGAAGUGAAGGGUUUGGAAAGUGAAUUCAGGAAUGUAUUAAGAAAGUGCUAAAACAGAUAGAAAGCAGUUUACGGUUUUGAUAAGAUGAUGAAGAAUUAGCUGGAUAAAUUAUUUUAUUGAAUGGGGAAAAUGUGCAGAUUUCAUGGAAUAAAACGUUUGCACUGAACACAGCUGGCUGUGCUCCCAAACAAUGCCAGAAAAGUAUGUGCUAUUUUUUGUACAUGUUGUUGUAAAUUAUAAAUGUAUUUAUUACAGUUUAUUAAUGUUUUAUAUUUGUAUCAAUGAAGAAUAAUUAUAAAAUUCAGAUUUUUUUAAAUAGA